AUGCCACGAAAGGUGGACUCCGGUAUCAUGAGAAGAUCAUCACCAACUUCAUUUUCUUCUACUUCUUCAUCUGGUGGAGCUAAGAGAAUCGUCAGAGAUGCAAUAUGGGCCUUGUUCAUGGUGGUGUUUCUCGGGACUGUUCUGAUUUGGAUAGUGAUGCCCACCAACACGUACCGCAACCGUUGGUCGCUCAGCAUCAGGGCCAAAUCUGGCUCUUCCACCUACUUCGGCAAACAAGGUUACUCGAUUCUGAUGUUCACAUUCCCAGUCCUGUUCAUCGCUUGCUUGGGCUGUGUGUACCUCCAUCUGGGAAACAAAUCGAGCGAGCCCCAAGUGGGGAAGAAUGGCAUAAAAAAGAACAAGGGAUUGGCAAUGUGGAAGAGACCGGUGCUGGUGAGGGGGCCACUAGGGAUCGUUUCGUGGAUCGAAGUGGCCUUCUUUGUGAUGUUCAUAGCACUCCUGGUUUGGUCUUUUGCUGCGUACCUUCGCAACAGCUUCCUCAAGAUCGACCGAACGGGAUCGACGGAUGGGGAAAAAGUGUGGGAAGCGAAAUUGGAGACCUCAGGUUUUUGGUUGGGGAUUGUGGGGAACAUAGCACUCGCUUUCCUAUUCUUCCCGGUGACCCGAGCGUCGUCGGUGUUGCCACUCUUCGGUCUCACCUCAGAAGCCAGCAUCAAGUACCACAUAUGGCUUGGUCACAUCGUGAUGGUCCUAUUCACUGCGCACGGCCUCAUUUUUAUCCUCUAUUGGGCUCUCACUCACAGAAUCUCCGAGAUGAUGGAGUGGCAGAAAACGGGGGUAUCGAACGUAGCGGGAGAGAUAGCGCUGCUGGCCGGUCUAGGGAUGUGGGCGACCACCUUCCCCCGCGUGAGGAGGAAGAUGUUCGAGCUCUUCUUCUACGCCCAUUAUCUCUACAUUCUCUUCAUGUUCUUCUUCGUCCUCCACGUCGGCAUCUCCUACUCCUGCAUUAUGCUCCCCGGCUUCUACCUCUUCAUGGUCGACCGCUACCUCCGCUUCCUGCAGUCCCGCAACCGGGCCCGCCUGGUCUGUGCUCGCGUCUUGCCCUGCGACACCGUCGAGCUCAACUUCUCCAAGACACCAGGUCUAGAGUAUACUCCGACGAGCAUCGUGUUCAUAAACGUGCCCAGCCUAUCCAAGCUGCAAUGGCAUCCGUUCACCAUUUCAUCGAACAGCAACUUGGAAAAGGAUAAGCUCAGCAUCAUCAUCAAGAACGAAGGGACUUGGUCUCAGAAGCUCUACCAAAUCCUUUCUUCUCCUUCUCCUCCCAAUCGCCUCGAUGUCUCCGUUGAAGGACCUUAUGGACCCGCCUCAACUCAUUUCCUCAGGCAUGAGAAGCUAGUAAUGGUGAGUGGGGGCAGUGGGAUCACUCCAUUCAUCUCCAUCAUCAGAGAAUUCAUCUUCAUGAGCACCACAUUCAAGUCAAUGACUCCUAAAUUGACCCUCAUUUGUGCCUUCAAGAACUCCUCUGAUCUUACCAUGCUUGACCUCGUCCUGCCCAUUUCAGGCACCCCAUCUGACUUAUCGAACCUUCAGCUUCAGAUCGAGGCCUAUGUGACUAGAGAAAAAGAAGCCGCCACCCAAUCCUCGAAACAAGCCCGAUCUGUUUGGUUCAAACCCAGUUCAUUUGACGAACCAUUGUCUGCCGUUUUGGGCCCCAACAGUUGGCUGUGGCUCGGAGCCAUCAUUUCGGUCUCUUUCGUCAUGUUCCUUAUAUUAAUAGGGAUCAUUACACGCUACUAUAUUUACCCGAUAGAUCAAAACCAAAACAAGUACUCUACCGCUUCUAGGGCGGUCCUGAACAUAUUGGUCAUUUGCAUAUCCAUCGGCAUUGCAGCUAGUACAGCUUUUCUAUGGAACAAGAGGAUCAACGCCAAGGAAGUGAAGCAGAUCAAGCACUUGGACGGGUUGACUCUGGCGCAUUCGCCUGGUUCGGGGUUCUACAAUGCCGAAAGGGAAUUGGAGAGCCUCCCACAUCAGUCCCUUGUCCAAGCCACCAAUCUGCACUUUGGCGAAAGGCCUGACCUAAAGAAAAUGUUAUUUGAGUGCAAAGAGUCAAGUGUUGGAGUCCUGGUUUGUGGUCCAAAGAAGAUGAGGCACGAGGUUGCAGGCAUCUGUUCCUCGGGGCUGGCUGAUAACCUGCACUUCGAAUCCAUCAGCUUUAGCUGGUGAUCCGAGUCAAACCGUCUCCCAAUGGAAGAAGUUGAUUGAAUGUAUUGUGGUUUUCCGGCGAUGCAAACUUGCCGAAUACGCCUCGCUUCCUAUACGCGGUGUAUGUUGUUAUGAUGCGGAUUUCCUCUUUCUUUAGGCAAACGGGACUGGAAACUUAAAAAAGCCAGCAGGUGUGUUUCUUACUAAAUGUCGAUACAAAUGCGUGUCGGUUCCUCUUUAA